AUGUCAAACAUAGAACUACCGCCCAUUUCCUUCAUCAAUGAUAGUUUGCCUCAAAACAAGGUUGACACAAAGACAAACAUAUUGCCUCAUCCCGCUGUUCUAGGGAUCGAUCGUCGCAAACAAAGCUUGUCUGAAUCAGGCAGCCUUGCACCAAUAAUAGACAUCUUGGAUCGUAACAAUAGCCCUGCAUCCAGCAGCAAGGAUACGCAGAUACAAAUAUCAAAGGAGAGAAAGGUUCUGGAAUUUGGAAACGACGUGGAUGUGGACAAUUCAUCCAUAUUUCGUGAUAUUCAAGAACUUGGCUUUCCCAGAAAGCAUCUCGGUUUCGUAGUGUACAAUCAGCUGCCAACUGUCAAUAAUGUAACCCAUCAACUAUCAAUCCCAUACUAUCCGAAUGUUGCAGAGGACAAUAACAAGGUAUAUCCACUUUUACCACCCAAUUUGACUGACUAUAUCAACUGUACCAUAGAUGUGAGAAUACCUUAUUUUCAAACCGUAAACAAUCAAAACGUUAAAAUCAGACAGUUGUGGGGAACUGAUCUAUACACUGACGAUAGUGAUGUAGUUGCCAUGUGUUAUCAUGAUGGGAUUCUACUGGGCAAAGCUCCUUUCGAUACAAAGAUUAUUGAUCAACAUGUCGUAGAAAUGAAAGAAAGGUAUAAUUUAGAAUUACACGAUAAGAGCAGUGAAUAUAUCGUGAAGACACCUGGAAAUCAAAAAAAUCCCAAGUCGAUCAUCAAGAUAGCAGAUGGGGAUGCCACAGACCUUAUCGUGACUCUGUUAAUAUUGCCAACAUUAACGCAUUAUCAAGGUGCGUUUCAAAACAACUACAACUCCCGCACCUUCAAUAAUAGUCACAAUGGGGCGACCAUAUCCAUCUAUGAAGUGAAAUAUGUUCCAUUAAAUUCCAUUUACAAAGACCUACGGUCAAAGCUCCCAGAAGAACUAGAUGUUGCGCAAGUCGUUAAUGAAGUGGAUUUCUUCUCUCAGAGUGUCAAGGUUUGA